ACUCACGAUAGAAGCGCGUGGAAUAUUUUGUGGAACGACUUGUUUUGCAAAUUGCGUCGAGUGCAAAACAGAUAAGAAAAUAUUUAUAGUAAAAAAAUAUGAUGAUACAAUAACAACUGAGAAUGACAAUACCCUAAUUUAAAAAUAAUGAUUUCUGGAAAUAUUUAUAUUAGGGGAAUUUUGGGGGGUAUUUUGGAGGAAAAUUCAAUGAGUCUGAUUUUCUACUGAUAGUAUCUAUAAACCUAGCAAUAAUAAGAAAUAAACGUCACAAUUACGCACAAAAAUAAUACGUAGGGAUCACAAAUAUUUAUAAAUGUAUUAAUUGUAUGUUUUCAAGCGUCUGCAUAUUGUAUUUAUUAUAUUAUAAACAUAAACAAAGGUGCCCCUUUUAUGUGAAAUAAAUUACUAAUAAUUUAACAAAAAAAUCAACUUAACGUUUUGUUCGACCCUGCACCUACCUUAAAAUGUGUAGUCUAAAUGAAUAGAAAAGCUGUGUAAAAUUACGUCACAGUCACUAGACUGGUCUGGAGCUUGAAUGUGGCACUUCUUGAUAAGUCUGCAAAGUGGUACUUUUAGUGACGCGCCUAUCAUAAGUGGGUGUGUCUGCUAACGUAAACAAGUGCCAACCGUUGAGUGAACUUGUUGACGUAGUGAUAUAAAUUCAAAUUAUGCAGUUUAUUACAUUUUUAACCCAUAAUCGUAAAAAAUAUCGUUUUUUAUUAUAAGCAAAAUAGCUAUCGCUAAUAAUUCAGCUUAUAAUAAAAAACGAUGUUUUUAAGGAGUUUUUAAUGUUCACAUUGUAUUUAAAAGUGUACUUUUAGUGGAGUGUUUUAAACGCCCUUGUCAUAAUUGCCAAUUGACUUUUCUUGGAAUCAGCCAGAUUAAUGUUUAGUUUAAGCUCUACUUCUAUUAUUCAACUAUAUUAUAUUUAAGACAUCUUCCCGACUUCGUAUUUCAGAAAACUUUUGACACUUGGCUACCCUGAACUAAUUUGAACCUACCUAUAACUAUGAAAAUAGGACAACAAACAACACUAAUGUCUAAACAAGGUAUAAGAAGUACAGCUUCACUACUGCCUCAAAUUCCAUUCAGUGCAUCAAAAAACAUAAAUGCACUUAAUACAGCACCACGGUACCAAUUUAAUAACGAUGAGAAAACGGGAAAGAAUAAAAAGCAGGAAAUGGGGCCUCCACCUGGACCUCCAAAGAAUUUCAAACGCAGACCUAUUAACUCAAUAUCCAUGUCCUCAAGACCAGAAUCGUCUACUAGCGGUAGGCCACAUCCAAGAGUGUUGGCCAGCGAUUCAGCGGUAGAUACGUCACACGAAAUGUGCACACCGAAGAAUAGGCCAACUGCACUUAGAUAUAUUAGUAGCAGCAGUAGAGGUGGAUACAGUGGAAAUCGAUCAGCUAGAUCUACUAGCGUUUCGGCUGCCGAUGCAAGUGUGAUCCUAGCCAUAUCAGAGGGCCGAGGCAUGGCUCGUGGAGAAAUAGGUAUUGCAGCAAUCGACUUGAGGCAUCCACAUCUUGUUCUAUGCCAGUUCAGUGAUACCUUACUGUAUACGCAUACCCUGACUAAAAUAAACUUUUUCAAUCCUAUAGAGAUUAUAGUUCCCCACACAUUCUGCGAGGGCGUCCAGCCUAACCAACUGUAUCAGUUGAUAAGGAAUCGGUAUCCGCUAGUUAAUGUUGUCACAGUUCAAAGGAGACACUUCAACGACGCGGCGGGCAGACAACACAUACAGACAUUGUGCGCUCCGCAGUACAACGGAGUUUACCUUCAAGUUGUGCAUAAAUUUUAUGCCCUAACGGCUGCAGCUGCUGUAUUAAAGUACGUUGAACAUAUUCAAUGUAUUGUAUUUGCGAGAGAAUCGCUUAAAAUCGAAUAUCACUCAUCGGAGAACACUAUGAUUAUAGACGUGGGAACAGCAACCCAACUUGAACUCGUGCAGCCUUUAGUUCCAUCAGCAGGACCUACAUGCUGCCUAUUAGGAGUACUUGGUCCUACGUAUACUACAGGUGGCAUAAGAGCCUUGAGAGCGUCUAUACUCCAGCCUUCAUGUAACAGAGACUUUAUCGAAGCUAGGCUCGAUGCUGUGCAAGACCUCAUUGAGAAUGAUACGGGACUUAUGGUUGACUUGCAGGAUGUCGUCAAGAAACUAGCUGAUGUAGAUAAGAUCCUUCUCUUAUGCAUGGAGACAGCUAACCAGAACAUGGACAAGAUAGGAGAAGCUCAGCUCAAUCAAACUCUACUUCUGAAGGUUACCAUGGAUAUGGUGCCAAAAUUAGUGGAGGCUCUGAAUGGAGCCAGCUGCGGGAGAUUGAGGAAGAUUAAAAUGGAUUUUCAAAACCCACACUAUAACGAGAUAACAGAACGAAUAAAGAGAAUAAUCCAAGAUGAUGCUCAUAUAGAAAAGGGAGCAAUGGCAAGUCUGCAGCGUUGUUUUGCAGUCAAACCCGAUAUUAACGGUCUUCUAGACGUCGCUAGAAGAACGUAUUCGGAACUUAUAGAAGAUAUACAGAAGAUUGUAGAGCAACUCAGUGAGACAUACGACCUGCCUUUGAGGUUGAAUCAAAAUGUAUUGAAGGGUUUCCAUAUUGUGUUACCCUUAGCACCAAAAAAUAGAAGGUGUUUUAAUAUAGAGGAUCUACCACCACUAUUUAUACAGGUACAUCACAGUGGUGCAAGUGUAUCUAUGUCUACAGAAGAACUAGUGGUAUUAAAUCAGCAAGCUAAGGAGUCGCUAAAUGAAAUACAGAAAAUGAGCAACAUCGUUAUAGCUUCCUUACUGAAAGACCUACGUCCCUUCAUGCCGAGUCUUUACACACUUUGCGAAAACGUUGCUGAGUUAGACAUCCUACUUUCUAUGGCUCAGUCAAGUUCUAUAGGUUCCUAUAUAAGACCGGAUUUCAACAGUUAUUUGGAUAUAAGGAACAGUGUGCAUCCACUUUUGGAUUAUAACAGUCAAGUAUUGCCCAUUCCGAAUGACAUUUUUGCUAGUCCCGAGCACAACUUUACCAUAAUAACGGGGCCAAAUAUGGGUGGCAAAAGUAUUUAUAUUAAGCAAAUUGCUAUCAUGCAGAUUAUGGCGCAGCUUGGAUGUUUUCUACCAGCAACAAACGCAGUUCUGAGGCUUUGCGACAGAUUAUUCUCGAGGAUCGGUUUUAAUGAUAGCGUAGAGUUAAAUGCAUCUACUUUCGUGUUUGAGAUGAAAGAAACUCAGCACAUUUUAAAGGGACUGACGCCUUCAAGUUUAGUAAUAGUUGAUGAACUUUGCAGAGGCACCAAUGCAGAUGAGGGUACAAGCGUAGCGUGGGCAAUUUGUGAGGAGCUUAUCAUGAGUGAUGCAUUUACAUUCUUCACGACACAUUUCAUGUAUUUAACAAGAUUGCAAGAACUAUAUUUUAAUGUAGUUAAUCGCCACACAGCUGUUAUCGAAGAAGAAGUAGGAGAUCCAGAAAACCCGCAAAAGAGAAUUACUUAUCAAUACAAAGUUGAACCAGGUGUUACGAAAAUCCAACAUUAUGGAUUAGCUUUGGCUGCUAAGACAAAUUUACCAGAGGAUACAGUUAAACUUGCCAUGGAACUUGCUGAACUUAUUUCAAAGAAUUCACAGACUCAGGAAAUAAGAACACCUCAAAUUACGGGAAACGAAAUUUUCUACAAACUAAAUGCAAAUUUGCAACUAGAAUACAGAAAAUACGGCACUUCCGACGAAAUCACGAAGAAAACUUUACAAGAGUUCAAAAAAGUGCAUCCGCAGAUACUCAAAACAUUGAAAGAUCAAAAUAAUGGAAAUUGUAACAGAACUGACUCUAGCGCAGAAUAUUCUUUUGUCCCCAAUUCUAAAGAACAAACUUCUAUCGAAGAUAGCUGUAAAAACGUUUCAGCAAAAAACGACACAGGUGGUAAUGCUAGAUUUCCAAGAAGCAAACAAACUUUCGCCUCACCCGUUGUAGAUGACAACACAAAUUUUACCUCAGUGCAAUCUUCCGAACAAUUACUGAACAGUGUGGUAAAUAAUGAGCAAUCUGAUAAUGAGGAUCUGGAAAAUGAAUUCAAUGAUUGUGACGUUGACAUGGAAAAUGAUGAUAGCGCCAAUGAUGAUUUUCCGUGUGUUGAAAUCUGUGACAACAGCAAAGAAAGCAAUCAUAAUAACAACAGUCAUAUAAAUGAAGCCAAUAGUGAAAACUUCGAAUUGAUGAGAAAUGAAACCCACAUAGUGAGAAGCAAUAAUGGUCUAGACUCUGAAAGUGGUCAAAACGAUGAAGAUAUGAAUGAAUUCGAAACUACGUCCAUUGAUUCCGAUAUAGCAGAAGCCCUAACUCAAAUAGUCGAAGAGUAUUCAGCCAAAAAUGAAACAAAUUCUCAACCGAGCAGUGAUAUAAUGUCAAUCGAUGAAGAUCUAGUAACUGAAACUGUUAACGAAAUUAAUGAAGAAUUGUCAAGUGGACUGAUCAGCGUAGAGAAUAUAGUUUUAACACCUCCCUUGAGUUUUCGAGAUACGUGACACGAAUUAAGAUUGCAUGAUAAACUGCAAAAAGUUUCUUUAAUGUGGUAGAAAUUAAAAUUAUACACAAAUUCCAAAUUGUUUUUGUCUUCAGUAAGUGAACAGCAGGUUUAACAUUGAAUAAAUAAAGAACAAAUCACAAAA